CUAAAACGAGUAUUACCAAAAGAGGCUCUGAUUAAUGUUCGGGUCCCGUCUCCUCCUUUACUAGUUUUUCUCGACUAUCUCCUACUAGUCAGAGCCGGGGCGGACAGGCCCUGGAUGAGGCGGAACCCUCUGGGGGGAAGGCAGCGCCGGCGGAGGCUCCUUCCGGUCCGGCUCUCUCGGCCCUCGGCUUUUUCCGCCUCGUCGCGGGCCGCGGGCUUCGGCUGUUUCCGGAGUAAGUUCGUUCUCUCGCUGGCUUGCUGGUUCGCAGCCGCCGCGCGACGAGCUAAGCCGUAGCUGAGCUGGGCUGGGCUGGGCUGCAGAUGUCGGACUCGCUCCUCACUUCGGGCUCUGGGUUCUUGAACCCUGACGGCGACGGGAUAGAGGCUGGAGCCGGAGUUGGGGACUGUUCGGCCCCAGCCGCAGAAAAUGAGGAUCCAGACCACAGAACAAGUGAUAUUGCUUCCCCAAUGAUGACUGCUUCUGAUCAGGAAACUUUAUCCUCACCUGGCAGGCUACAGAUUGUAUCUCCUGUGAUUGAGGAUGUAUCAGAAAAUCCUGGAAAAGGUGAUGGUGCUUUGGAGGAGCAGGCAUUGGUGGGUCAGGAAACACUGUCAGGAGACCAGCUUCUGAAAGAGGAAUCUGUUGUUCAGAUGAACAAGUUCCAAGCACCAAAAGGAUCAGGAGACAUGGUUAUGAUCCAGUCAGACACAGGAGACAUAGGAACCGUGGAUGUCCUUUCAACUGAGUUGGAAUCUGCAGAUCUCCUUGGAGAACAGAGAAGAGUCUCAACACCUCCUCUGUCUCCUCCAUCCAUAUGGACCUUUGCCAAGAUGAAGGAAUUCAAAACCAAGAUGAGCAAGGUGAAGAAUUCUCGGCUAGUGGUGAAGCGGGGUGAGGUAGUAACAGUACGAGUGCCCACCCACCCUGACGGCAAGCGUCUCUUUUGGGAAUUUGCCACUGACAAUUAUGACAUUGGUUUUGGUGUCUAUUUUGAUUGGACCCCUGUAACCAGCACUGCAGUCACUGUGCAUGUCAGUGAGUCCAGUGAUGAGGAUGAGGAUGAUGAAGAGGAUGCAGAGGGAGGGAUUGAAGGACUCGUCCCAAUCGGAGAUGUGGAGAUGGGCUCCAAGAGCUCUCUUCGGAAUCGCUAUGGGGAGAUCAUGCCAGUUUAUCGGAGAGAUAGCCACCGAGAUGUACAGGCUGGUUGUCAUGACUACCCAGGAGAAGGCAUCUACCUGCUUAAAUUUGAUAAUUCCUAUUCACUGCUACGCAACAAGACUCUCUACUACCAUGUAUAUUACACCAGCUGAGGGGCUGAGGCCACAGAUCUGGUGGGCAAAGGGGGAUUUUUUUUUCUGAUGCCUUUUGCUUUCUAUGGACAAGCUGCUUAAAUGCUGAGUGUGAGGCUUCUGAAGUUUGCACUUGCCUGCCUGGCAUGCCUGCCUGUUGACCUAAGAAUAGCUUCUUCCCCUUCCACCACUUCUGCAGGUUACACCUGGACAAUUUCUCCUGAUAUAAACUUCAGGGAUAACACUCUGUGAAGUUAUCAGGCAAGAACCUAAAAGGGAGUGGGAUGUUUUUUGUUUGUCUCUGUUCUGCUUUGUAUGAGGUAUGCCACUGAGCUGGGGGUGGCUGCCCUGCCCCUUCCUCUCCCCCAGACCCCUCUCUGUGAUGGCACUUGUUAGCCUCCUUGGUUGGAUUAGCGUGUGAAGUGGGCCCCAGCCCUCUUCACCUGUGGCUUUUCACAUCACUAAGGAAGGGGAAAGCUCAUGUUUAUAAAAGAAACUGAGAUGCUAAAGAGAAAGAAUUAUUUUGCCCAGCCUCUUCCACUGCCACGUUCCUACUCGGUUCCUUGUUCUUAGCCUAGCACUGGCUCUUCUGUCUGAAGAGGCCUUACUGCCCUUGGAGGACUAUGUCUUGCUCCCCAUGACAAGUCCUCAGCUGCUAAAUCUGUGUACUUACUACCAAUGCAAAGAUUUUUUAAAAAUGUAAUCUCUAAGAUCCAAUGUAUUUUUCGAGUCUCCUGAGUAGAAAAGAUCCCCCACUAUUUCCUUCUAUUGAUAAGUAGUCACUCUAAGUCAGGGUCAUUGUAGAAGAAGGGAAAGUAGUUCUUUAUGGGAAGAAGUGGCAAUCAGGCACCAAUGACUUUUAUCAUCCCAUAACAUAUUUUCCUACACCUAAGUGUGGGGAUACAUUUGUAUGAAGAAGAAUGUAGUCUGAUGAUUGUAAACAAUCCAAGCUUCCCCACCAUCUCUUUGUUAUAGAAUGUGAAUAUUGCUAGAGAAUUUGCAUUAGAACCAAAUGCAAUGAAAUCUAUUCAGGUAAUUCUUUUGGUAAUGUUUUCCUACUUGUUAGACUUAUGCAAAAAGCUCACCAGUUUAAAGUUUUCUAGAUUUGCUGCUUACUGUCUUUGAUCCUUUUAAGGCUUUUAGAGAAAGAUGAUAAUGGAGCUCCAUGGAUGCUGCUGGUUUUAUUACUUGUUCAUUUCCCUGCCAAAUCCUGUUUCCCUGGUUACAUUCUCUCUCUCUCUCUCCUCCUCUCCCUUCUACCUCCCCAAACAAUUAACCUUAAAUCCUAGGAGUGCCACAAGGUAUCAGGUGGUGCUUUUAGCUGUUGCCAGAGCAACUUGGUACUUAGGCAGAAAAGGGAUAGAAGAACGGAGAUUUGUCUGUUGCCUUUACCUCCUUUUUUCCUUCAUUUCUUUUGCCAAUUCUGUUAGUGUGUUAGGAUUAUAGGGAGUAAACAAUUUUAUUUAUUGUUAUUUAUUUUUAAAAUGCAUUUUUGGUUCACCUUUGAAAUAAUUUUCACGUGUUACUCUGGGCAGGCUUUCCUUUUGUUCUGAGCCAUUUAGGCAGUUUUUUCCAUAGAGUUAACAAUGAUGCUCUUGCCUGAGUAGUCUUGCCCUAUCAGGUUUGUGUCCUUUCAGAGAGAAAGGAAAAUAAACCUACCACUUGUAUAGUUUCCUUCAAGGAAAACUCAGCCUUUGAAGGAAUGUGUCUCUUUGUAAGGAAUCAAAUAUGCCAAGAUUGACAGGCUAAUCAGUUUUCUCAUUGUAUCCAGGAUUGCAAAAGUCCAGGAUUGUACACCUUCAGGUAUGAGCAUAGUCUUUUGCCAUGCUCUCCUUUGGCUUCUUUCUUAGUUUCUCAUAUAGUUUGUAUAUCUAACUCAUCAAAAAUCCAUCUUCCCUAUUGGAAAAAUAAUUCAAAGUGUAUACUUUUUUUCAUGGUGAAUUUGUAGCAUCAUCAUUGUAUAUGAAAGGACAUGAGAACAUCAUGUGCCUUUGAUUCCUCUUGAGAGCAACCCCACCCUGAUAGUUUGGUAUAUAGGAUAUAACAUGAUUUUUCACAAAGCUGCAUCAUGUCCACUACUUUAUAAAUCACUGACUGCAUUUUGUAGAGGUCUGUUUGCCUCUGGUAACAAAUGAAGUAUGUAAAUAACUGCCUUUUCCUAGUACAGGAAGGCACUUUAUGCAGUGGACAAACCUGUCAGAUGUCUAGAUGAUCAGCUUACUCUUUACUGAACUCAAGUUGAUAUGCCUUAGCCAUGUAGAGAUUGUCUUCUCAGACUUAGUGGAUCCAUUUGAUUGAAGUCUUGUUUGUUUGUUUAUUGUCUCUAUAAUGGCUUAUUUUCUUCCAACAAUGAACUUUGAGACAAAGAACAGUUUCCAUAGCUUAAGUUAGCAUAUAUUUCUGGGCUAUAAAAAAAAUCUGCCCUUCAUUUUCUUUGAAUACCCAGAUCUUGUUGUGUUAGGUAUACCUGGAAGGCAUUAUGUUCUCAUAACCUUUAUUCCUCUUUCUGCCAAUGUCUACUGUUAGAAUGACCUUGUUACACCUCAUUCCACACUGAUAUUGUACUAAACAACUCGAGUUCUAUUUUCCCAUCAGCUAAAAAUAGCUUAAAAUGAAUUAGUUUCAUUUUUCUACUACAAAAAAUUCUUGUGUCAUAUUUCUAAAUUACAGAUUACUAGACUCUGAGGAAAAGGUGUUACUUGGAACUUCAUCAUUCUAGACAACUUUUAAGAGCCCCUUCCAAACUCCUUGAAUCAAAAUACAAAAAAAGAUUUCCUCUUCCAUCUGUCUCCAAAAACUAAAUUAAAAUUGUGGAAUCAAAGAAUCUAAAGGGUUGAGGGGCUUCCAGGGCCAAUUAGUCCAAUUUGUAGCCAAUGAAGAGAUCUGUCUACAAAACAUUGAUCAAGAAUAACCAAAUCUCUGAUUAAAGACUUCCAGGGUGGGGGAGGGAGGAGGAAAAUCACUUUCCUCCCUUUGCUACUUUUGGAAUGAUAGCUCUGAUUGUGAUGUUUUUCUUUUCAUCAUGUCUAAAUCUCUUUCAUUUUCUCUUUCUCUGUCUCUGUCUCUCUUCCUCCCUUUUUCCCUGCUUCUGCUACAAUUUGUUCUGUCCGUUUGCAUGAGUUAGUCCUUCAAAUAUUUGAAGAUAACUCUUAUGUCUCUCCCUAAGCCUAUUUUUUUUCCUUUAGGUCAUUUUCAGAUCCUUCAAUUUAUCUGGAAAGUUGAGGGGGAAUGAGUUUAGCCAAAGCAAGGAUUAUACCUUUUGCCUUUUUUGAGAUCAUACCCGAUUGCUGCUGCAUGUUUUGUACCUGCCUAAAUUGUGCCAUUCUAUGGCAUGAUGUAUUUAUGAAGACUUGGUCAAAAAUUCUCAUAGAAUCACAGGAUUUUGGAACAGGAAGGAAUUUUAGAGACCUACUUACUCAUUUUAGAAGUGAAGAAACUGAAGCUCAGAGAGACAAAGGAAGUUUUAGAGUAUUAAUUUUUAAAUAAUAAAUUGAUGUCUUACCAGUGUCCAUACACUAAGAAAGUGUCAUUGAUAGCCAAGCACUUCAACAAAUGGCAUCUAGGAUGUAGUCAUCUUUAGUGUUCUUCAGUGGCCUUCUUUGACUACCUGCUCCCCUCCUCAGUCCCUCUGGCCAUAAUUCCUGCUGUAUUGUAUUAACCUUGAUGAUAAUAAUAGCUGAAGCUUAAAUAAUGCUUUAAAGUUUACAAAACACUUUACCUACAUUAUUUAAUUUGGUCCUCACAACAACCAUGUGAUGAUUAAUGAAGCUAAUUUUGAAAGAACUUCAUUCUUAUCUCAGUUAUCUAUUGACAUGUCUUCAAGAUUCAGAAACAUAGUGUACCCUGAGAUAAAAAAUAAUUUUAAAAAUGAAAUAUAUAACAACUUGGAAUAUUAUCAUAUUUCUUUUUGCUUAAUGAACUUAUUUUUAAAAGUCUUUUUUGCUUAUUAAGCUUUAGAUGGGAAAUAGACUUAGGUCUUUGAAAAAUUGCAUAUUUUCUCCAUUCCCAGUCCUUUUUUUUGUUUGUUUGUUUGUUCUUGCCUGUGAUUUCAAUAUUGUAAGGGGCUCUCCCCAUUGAAGAAACUCCUUCUCUCAACGCAGAUAAGCUACUGUUCUGCAACUCAAAGUUGCUGGGGCCACUUAGAAGUUGUCAGAUCCCACUGUAAUGUGUCCUACAGUAUCUCUGCCAGAGGUUUUUCUUAAACCCUGGUCCUCCUAUCUUGAUUCUAAGAAAAACAAUUCAUUAUGCCAUUCUUUUUUUCUAAAUGAUCUGUGUUAAAAAUUAAAACUAUAAAGAACUCCAUAACCCUGAAACAAAGGACUACAACUAAAAACAUGAUAGUUACACAGACAUAAAGGUAUUUAACCAUUUGCAUAUAAUCAGUCAUCCUGGAAAGAUAGUGAUUUUCUAGGGAAACUCUCUCAGCUUUAUUUCUUCAUUAGAGAGGUAGGUGGGACCAAAACUCUUGGUUUCUAGGUGUUAGGUAGAAUUAUUUCUCUACCUUUAACCCAAAGUUCCUGGAGGUGUACUGUAGUUUUAGGAGAGAGAGAGUGAGUGAGUGUGAGUGUGUAUGUGUAUGUGUAUAUGUUUGUAGGGAUGAGAGCAGAGGCUAAAAAAUUGUUGUAACAUAUGCUGAUGUAUAACUCACUUGUAAAGGAGAAAAAAAAAGGAAUCGGCUGAAAAUGAACAGAGACAGGAGAAAGCUGUUGAAUAUUUUUGGUUUGCUUAUAUUUUCGUUCUGUUUGCAUGUCAGAUGUUAGAAUUCAUUCUUUAAAAGAAGGCAGAGAAGGGAGAGGUGUAUCUGUUGUGUUUGUUAAAGAAAUCUCAAGCCCACUUUGCUGUUUACUCAAAGAGAUCAGUUCAAAGAACUGUCCUUUCCUUGAUCAAUUGUAAUGCUGACCUGAAGAUGGAGUUUUCAUUUGAGGGAUUCCUUUGGCCUCAGAUGGUGACUGGAAAGUAGCCAAAAGAAUUUGGUUGAAAUAGUGGUAGACUCUUUAGUUCUGGCUAAUGGAAUGUUUCAAGCCCUUUACAGCUACAUCACAGAAGAAACCAAAGCCAUUAGAACAUGCUUUCCUGUGACAAUCUGUACCCACUCUUGACUGGCCUCCUUUGAGUUGUACGGAUAACAUCUAAUAUAAAUUGUUAUCAUCUAAUACAGUGGGCUGUAUUAAUGUAUUAAUUAAUUAUCAUGAUAGCACUGUAUAUAACAAGAGAAAGAUAUAGUCACAUUGCCUUCUCAGAGCUUUUUCAGAUCCUAGAGUUGAAUACUCUUUAAUAUUCCAGAACACAUAUCUCAAAUCCCUAGAUCUCUUAGCUCAUUUCUUAUAUACUUAAAGAAUUGUAGAACUAGAAAGGACUGGAGACGAGCUCCACUAAGUGUACCUUCCCAAAACUUCCUAAGAAACUGAAACCAUUUACUUAUUAAAGAAGUACCAGCCAUCACCAGAACCUGUGAGGAAAGGGAAGAGAGAAUUCUGUCCCCAGUAGUAAAUUCUCCAUAUUUAUUUUGAAAAAAAAAAUCAACUCAGUAGAUGAAUCCUUUUUUAAGCUGAGGAGGUUCCCCAUCCAACUUGUUUUAAGAAUAGACAUCAUAUCUAGGGAGCAACCAUAUGUAAUAUAUUUAAGGUAUUAAUAACCUUUUUGACUAGAUAUACGAGACCAUUCUAAGCUUCAUUUCUUACCUAGCCUUAAUCACUGAUUGGGUUUUGCCUCAGUUAACUGAAAUCAAAGACCUUGGCUUAAAAAGGCUAAGGUUUCUCACUGCAUCCAGCCAUCUCCAGUCAUCCUAAUCAAUAUCUUGCCACUGAACCUAAAUGACUCUGGAAGAGAAAGGGAAGUUGGUGACUUUUCACAGCUCUCCCUCACUUAUUCAUUUACAUGUUAUGACAUGUUAUAGUCCUCUGAGAUCAAAGGACAAUCACUCACCACAGCAACAGCAACAAUAAGUAGUUCCAUAUCUUAAUAACCUUUCUCAAAUGGUGAUCACAAAUCUGGAAUAUCUGUUUUCAGAUGAUCAAGUAUAUAACCAUGUAUCAAGCAUCCAUGAAACCUCUUGCCCAAGCCUGUUCAGACCAUAUCUGAAGUCAUUCUAGCACUGCAUUUGAAGAAAGGCAAGCAUAUCCAGAGUGAGGUGAUCAAGAUAAUGAGGGGAUUUUAAACAGUAUCACUUGAAAGGAGCAGGAUAUAAUUUAUUCCUUAGGAGAAAAGCCUUAAUGAAGACAUAAUAGUAGCUUUCAGCUAUUUAUUUGAAGGGCCAUUUUAUGGAAAAGGGAUUAGAAUUGUUUUUCUUGGUUCCAGAUGGACUUGGGUAAAAAUUAUGUGGAGUCAGAUUUCAGCUCAAUAUUAAAAAAAAAAGCUCCCUCUCCCCCAACAAUUGGAAUUGUCAAAUAUAAUAGAGUGUUUGGAUUCCCCAUCAGUGAAGAUAUCCAAGCAGAGGCUGGAUGGAUUACCUGAGAAUAUUAUAGAAAAGAUUAAUAUUCAUUGUAGAAAAUACAAGAUUAGUUGUAAAAAAAAGAUAUUGCAAGGGAUGGACUAGAAAACCACUAAGAUUCCUUUUAAUUUUGAACUCCAGUCAUUCUAAAUUAGAAUGCAUAUUUUGUGCAAUUCAGUAAACAUUUAUUAAGUGCCUGCUGUGUACCAGGCAUGGUGCUAAGCUCUGAGAAUACAAGGACAAAAAUAGAAACAGCUUUGUUCUCAAGGACCUUACAUUUCAGUAGGGGAAACAGUGUGUACAUAAUAGAUGAGUAAGAAUCAGGGACAUUGAGGACUAACACCUAGGAAAAUUGGAAAAGGCCUCUUGUAGGAGGUAGUGCUUGAGCUGAGCCUUGAAAGGGAUAUAAGAGUUCCAAAAGGUGGGGUCAUUCCAUUGAGAGUAUUCCAGAAAUGGAGUGGGUGAGGAAAGACACUAUCUGUGUGAAAUCACAGAUGGGAGAUGAAAUAUGCACAGAGAAAAUUAGCAAGUUGGUCAUGUUAGCAGAGAUCCUGCCUCUUAGGCUCUUAGGAGAAAAGUCUUCUCUGUGACUCUAGAAAUGAAUAGUAGUAGUGGGAUUUCUUCAUGGUUCUAGUCUAUGAAAUAAGAUUUGCAAUUUGCAGAUUUCCUUUCUUCAUAGGGGCCUCAGGUGUUCAUAACAUGACUUGGAACUGACAGCAUAAUAACCAUGGGCCUUUGUGCAGACUGAUUAGCUAUAAAGAAAAAGUAAUCAGAUGAAAUUGAUGUAAAUAACUUUAUGUUAAAAGUGGAGUUUUGGAAAAUUAUUAAUUGUAGUCCAAGUUCAGGUAGCUGGAUGCUUUGUUUACUUUUGAAUUGGGAAUUGCCUUAUUAGUAACCUUGUGUGAAGGUGAUCAGUGUAAUGUAAGACAAACUUCCACCUGGGGUCCCUUCCUCCCAUCAUCCCCAGCCCAGACAGAAUUUCUUCAGCAGCUCUCAGGAUCCAACUGUAGAGGAUACCAAAGCAUUUCUUUUCAUCACUGGGUCCCUGCACAGAAAAAAGAGACAAUUCUGAGAGUCAACUUCUAGAAGCUUGCAGUGUGCUGAUAUAGACUAAUCUCUGGAAAUAGGUGGAUGAUCAGGAAAAAGAGGAUCUUGAAUGGUUUGUAUUUAAUGAAGGUCAUGAUAACCCUUUUUAUAUACUCUCCCAGUGUAGCCUUAACACUGUUCUGUAAACAUAAGUCAAAGCCUAAAGUCAAGAAUCUAGCUAUUAAGUUGUUCUAUCUUAUUUGAGUUCAUUAUUUUAUUACAUAUUUAUAUUUGACUUAUUUUAUGCCCUUCAACAUGUGAACUGGGAUUUAUUUUCAUGACUGCCGUCUCAGACUUUUUGAGUCUAGUUCCCUUCCCUAUUUAUGUUCACUAGAGUUUAUAUAUUACCUAGUAAUCUAGAAUACUGUAGGAAACAUACCCUAAAGUUGUUUAGAAAAAUCUUAUUAAUUAAACCCACUGGCUACCCUUUUAAAAGUUCACUGGAACUUGCUUGUAGCUGAAAUGAUCUAUAUGAAAUUAUUUAGAAGAUUCCAUGAUAUUAUUGGUGGUGGGUACUUCGCCCACCAAUCCAGCAAACCAUAGCUCCUUCAUGCCUUGAAAUCCUGAGUGAUUCUUGUUGAUGUUCUUUCAUAAAUACUCCAUAGCAGAGCUACUCAAAUGGGCUGGCUCUUUUUUUAUGGAUCUUUAAAUGUUUUGUGGAUAACAGUGCAAUUUAACUCAGGAUUUACUCUUGCUGCAUGUUUGUCCUAUCCCUUUUUUCAUCACACAUGUCCUUUGACAUCAUUUCUGGUGUAAAGAACUUGUUGGUAACACUCUUUGAUCUAAAUUAAAAUGAUCAUGAAUUUUUCUAUUGCUCUUCAGGUCAUCUGCCAUUUUGAUUUUUCUAAAAUUGUAGUGUUGAUCUAUGAUUCAUAGAAAAAUAUUGAUGCUAAAAAAUGUAUUUUUUUGGCAUGGACUAUCUUGAGUUCACACAGAACUCUGCACAAUUUCUCAUGUAUGCUUCAUUUGUUCUUUCCAAAUCUGGGCCCACUUUGUUGUCUAUCUGUAAUACCUGGAUAAGAUACAUACAUACAUGUGUGCUCACAAACGCAUACACACACACAGAGUUAAUUGUUGGGUUGUUCAUCCAAAUUGAUUGUCAUAAUCUGGGCCAUAUAUACAUUCUUCAUCCACUUGAUUUUUACUAUAUGAAUUAUGAGACCAGUAUCCUAAAUGGGAACAGUUAGAUGAAAAUGUUUAUUACCUCAGAGACAAGGAAGAAUCAUGAACUUGUUUAUAGUUUGAUUUAGAUGUUCCUCUUUUGGUGUUCUGGAUCUGGCUAAUAUUUUCCUCUUUGUUCCCCCCAAAAAAAAAAAAAAAAAAGUAUUUGUGAGAGAAGAUAAAGAUGAGAAGUGCUUUGAGGUCCCCAGAAAAAAAAGAGCUAUCUGCUCCAAAAUGAUGGUAGACUUUUUAUUAAUAUAAGGAACUGAUAACUGAAACAAUGAGCUAUUUGAAUGUUUUCCAAAAACCAGAUAAUGCCAUUGGCUCUUUGUUUUCCUAGUGCAUUCUAUGAUAUUAAAUUUUAGUUAAUUAUAUCAUGAGAAAUACAUUUUCUUGAUAAAUUUUCAAGAAGGAAAGGGACAGCUGCAAAGACAGAUAUUUUUUAUGCUUUUACUGCAAAAUGUUCUAAUAGUCCAACAUUCCAGAAACUUGAUUUGAAGA